GAGAGACUUGGACAUUUUGGAUUUAUUCGACACAAGUUAUUGUUGAUCCCGAAAUCUGAGUUCCGGUUAAGUGUUGUUAGUUUGUUAAGUAAAAGCGCAGCAUGCGUUUGUGGAGUGAGAUCUAAAAAACACACCUUUUAUUUUAAAUAUAAUGUACAUUAAACAGAAUUAGGAAAUGGAAACCAUACCAACAGGCGGCGCCACGCAGGGUAAUCGCUAUGAACAGGAGAAGCUGCUGAAGCAGAGCCACACUUUAUAUGUUGGGAAUCUCUCCUUCUACACCACCGAGGACCAGGUACACGAGCUGUUUUCUAAAAGUGGAGAUGUGAAGCGCAUCAUCAUCGGACUGGAUAAAGUCAAGAAGACAGCCUGUGGAUUCUGCUUCGUAGAGUAUUACACACGUGCAGGCGCAGAAAAUGCGAUGCGCUUCAUUAAUGGCACACGGCUGGAUGACCGUAUCAUCAGGACAGACUGGGACGCUGGCUUCAAGGAGGGACGGCAGUACGGACGUGGCAAAUCUGGAGGACAGGUGAGAGAUGAGUACAGGCAGGACUACGACCCAGCCAGAGGCGGCUAUGGUAAGCUGGCUCAGCAGCAUCGACCAGCAGAGGGACGCAAUAGUUUUUAGACUGAACCCCACCACAGCAGUCUGCCUGGACUACACAAAGCCCCACCCUCAGUCCUGAACCAGAUGGAUUCUCAAAUAGUGCAACUUUAUGCCAUCAAAGACUGUUUGUCCCAAAUCUACCAUCAAAACUCUACAGCAGGUCUGCAUGGACCAUUGGGCCCAAGAAAUUAGCAGCUGUUAUUUAUUUCCUUUGUUUUCUUUUCUGACUGCCUCUCUGACCUUUCAUACCUGCUAUCAGUCGACAUGGUAGCAUGGGCCAAACCCCAAAGUUUUUGUGAAGAAUAGAAAUACCAUCAAUUCUGCUGUAGACUGGAAAGGUUAUACAGUAGUAACAUGUAGUGUCUGGGUUGAUGAUGUAUCAGAUAUCAAGUAAAAAUGAACAUGUUGAGUCUCUUUGUCAGGUUAAAAUAAUACUCUGCUGAAGUAAUAGAAGCUCUGUUCAAGGAAGCAUUCUCAUGUUACCUUACUGAUUUACUUUUGUGUCACAAAUUAGGUAUAUGCUUUUUUUAAAUAAAGAUUUUUUUUUUCUUUUU